GUUGCAAUUUUGCUGCGAAAGACCUCGAUCGAAGCCAAGGUAAUAUGCUCACAUCGCACGUGGUUGUCGAGGACGCCCACUGGCUGUUUGGCCAGUGCUUCACGUGUCAAACAUGGACGCUAGCCGACGGCGUCCUCACUGUGGUCACCGAGAAGCACGAGUCGAAGCAAUACCAUGUCGUGGCCGGCGGAGGAUGGUCUGGGAUCCAGUAUGGCAUCCAAGUGCUAACGGCCGACGGCAAGAGUUUGCAUGCGUGUGCCGGGACCAAAGUGCGAUGGGCCAUGUGGCUCGACGCGUUUCAGGACCUCGUCCCGCUGCAGAAACCGCACUCCCCCGUUAAAGUUCAAUUCAACGACGACGUGGCCGUGCGUGAAAUCCCCAUGCUGUCCGAAGAGGAGAAGCUCCUGCUGUUUGCCUCCGACCCCGUUUUUGACUCAAGUUUGUGCGCUUGAAGCGAGCACGCCCAGAGCAUCGCAGCGACGCGUCGUGGUCGACCUCUAGCUUAGGUUCGCGCCCGGACCUGCGCUGGCUUGCCCUUCCACCUUCCCCAGUGUGCCCAGCCCCUGCCUCAAUCGCCAAUCCUUCGACGCCAGUCCUGUCCUUCCAUUCCAUGCCGAUUUGGGCGGAGCGGACCGACGGCACCGUCGGCGGAGUACCCAGAGAGUACUUCGUGCAAUACGUCUUAUGUAAAAAUAUACCCCA